ACCGGCAAGAGAAGCACUUUCUCAUAUGGAGGCUUUGAGGGCUGAACCUGUUGCUGAAGGUGAGAUGCCAGCAUCCAGUGUGCACCUUGUGUCGAAGGUGCUGUCCCAGAGCAGCUCACACCAAUUCCUGAAAAGCGUCGGCAUCAAAACAUCGGCAACCUCCAAGGCUUCAUCAUCAAAUCAUAGUGAGCUUCGGGAACAACUUGCAGCUGAAGCGACGGCUGCUGUUCAAGGUGAACUCGACCAGCUCAGGAAGAAAUGUGAAGAAGCUGAGGAACAGCAGGCGAGGACACAAAGGGAGUUGGAGGAGUACAAGAAGAUAACAGAGAAGAACAGCAAGGAGAUGGAGGAGACCAAUGUGCUCAUCAAGAAGCUCUUGUCCUUGCAUGGUAACUCUUCUUCGACAUGAGGGCUGCUAGUCAGAGCUGCUGUUUUUGGCCUGUUCUUUGACAUGAGGGUACCCAAAAACUCUAGUUGCUCGUGGGUGUCAACUUUUGAUUAUAUGCUGUUAUGUUUGUGCAAACUCAACUGAAAUGUGAACUCAAGUGGUGAUGCUAUGAACUGAGUUUAGUGUUGUCCACUUAGUUUGUAUGCG